AUGAGAGGACAGAUACAGCCAACGGCAACUGGUUCUCGUGUAUCUGGCGAGGUUUCAUCUUAUAAACUAACUAAAGGAACUGCCAGCUCUGCUCUUGAACGUGCACAAGCCAUGUUGAAUGCGGCUAGCAUUGGAAAUAGUCCCAACACUCGUCGCACUCUAGGUUCCGCUCCCAAAUCUACUCUUACUUCAUCCGACCUCGCUCCUGCCAUCAGACACGCUCAGUCUAUAUCUCAUCAUCAGCCACAAUCAUAUUCAUUGCAAAGACAAUCAUUAUUUACUUCAAACGAUGGAUAUACAGAUAGUCUAAGUAAUAAUAUAGACCAUGAUGAUUUUAUAAGUACUAAAUCGACUAAGCAUGGCAGAGCGCAAACAGAGACAUCUAAAGAUGGUACAGAUGACAAUGAAGAUGCCGAGCUGAAAGCUUAUCUUGCAUCCUUGAAAACAAGACAGGCAGAAAAUACUGCUAGCCAUAAACCUACAUCUGCUUCGAUUUCUAGUCCUGCUGAAUACAAACGAAACGACAAACAUUCUUCAAAAACUGCCUCGCUAGACAACCCACAAAUUCCCCAUCAAAAAUCAGUAUCAUCUGCACCAGUCCAAUCUAUAAAGCAUAAACUAGAACCAAAGCACACGGAUGGCGUUUCAUCAACUCCUGCGACUCCAGUGUCGUCCUAUUUGAAAAAAACUGUGUCUCCGAUAAAAACAACUGCUAUAUCCACGCUGGAAAAGAGUAAAGCUGUUGGAGAUAUAGAAACUGACUCUGAUAGUGUCAGUCUUGAGGAAGACAUUGAGAACAAUGAUGUCAAAUUGAAUAUUCAUUUCAAGAAAUCCGGUAAGCGCGUCAGUCUGGUAGAGCCUCGCGAUUUCCGACUGUCUACCUCUGGACACAUGUCAACAUUUGGUACAAAUCAUACUCUACUACAAUCCACUGUUUCUGCUAAAGAUUUAGAUACAUCUAGCUCUCACCAUCUUGAAAGCGCUGAUAGUAUUGGUAGUGAUUUUGAAGCGUUUUUGAAUAUGCGAUCAAAAAGUUUGAUUUCCGUCAAUGAUCCUAUUGUCAAGCUACAUAGCUCACCAAACGUUGUACAGAAAGAAUUUUUUGUAUCCAGCGAGACAAAGGAGAAAUCUAACGUUGCACAAAAUCAAUCUUCUGUCAUUACUUCAAUCAUGCCACAUGAUACAGUGGCUAUUCCUAAACCAGUUGCCGAACCUAAACCAGUUGUUAUACCUACAUCAACUUCAAUCAAGAUCAUGCCGACUUUGGUCGAAUCAGCAAGACACGAAACUGGAAAUAGAUUGUCCAUAGCCAAUACAUCAUUCACUGUUUCUAUGAAAUCUCCAAACAUACCGCAUACAUCUUCAAAUAUAUCUGAUGACAUUUUGGAAGAAUUUCUGACUGCUGAAGACGCAGAUAUAUCUGAAGACAUUUCAUCUUCCAGCCUUAAAAAAAGUUUGCAGGUUUCUACCAUUGAAGAUCCACAUCAGCCGAUAGUCACACCAUCAAUUGUACCACAGCAGACACAGGACACUGCGAUUUUAAACCAACUUUUGAACAAAGAUACGAAUCUUACAAAAACCAUCAAUUUAAUGCCAAAAAAUGGUAUACCUAUUGCUGCUACUAAAGCAACAGCUGUAACUCUGGCUCAAGCUGUAGUACCCGAUGUUUUUGAAUUGGCAAAUAAGCAGCAUUUAGAGCAGCCUUUUGUAACGAAUCCAUUGCAACACGCUCUUCCGUCAGGUAUUGCUCAACCACAUAUAUCAGUUACUCAGCCAUCAUCACAAAACUUUCCCCACUACGCACCAAACAAUCCAUACUAUCCACAGCCAAAUCUCAAUUUCACGCCGGCAAAUUUUCAUCCAGCAAUGUAUCCAAAUUCAUGGAAUGCAUACACCACACCGCCAAACUUUUUACACUAUGGAAUAUACCAGCCAAUACAUCCAUCAGGUCAUACACAGCCAAAUCCGAUUUUUUCACAAUGCAGUGGAUAUCAUGCAUGUGGGUGUUGUGCAAAAACCGCACCAAAACCACUCGAAUCGCAAAAUAAAUCAGGUUUAAAAGCUGAUGUGAGUGCAGUAACAAAUGCACUAGAUCAUUUGAAUACGGUUUUACAAAACGAAAGCAAAACUCAUAUUGUAGACGAGAAGAAAUUUGAAGUGUCUGAUAGUCGGCACAAUCAUUCAAGCCGUAAAGAAUCUGAAUCUGAAAAAUUGUUGCAUUCUGAAUCAGCAGCAUCCUUGCAUCGCGAACCUGCAAACCAAAAUAGUAUUUAUGCAUCACAAGGUAUACCAACAAACCUUCCAACACUGAUGAUAUUGGACAGUUUUACAAGUAACCACAUGGACCUUUUGCAAGAUUUUGUGAGAAUGAAUAUGCAAAUGGCCGACUCACAAUCAUAUCGGCGGAUGCAUUAUACAACAUUAGAUGAUGUACGACAGUUCGCAUUAAAAAACAGACCUCCAAUAAUAGAUAUUAACGAGGCAUUAUUGCAAGUUAAAGAAGACGCUGGAGAAAUUUCUGUAGGCCGACUUCAAGCAUAA